AUGUUAGCCCGUAUCAAAUUGACCUACAAGGAGAUAAAGGAUUCGAUAUUGGAAAUCGAUGAUGAAAAGCUGACGGUGGAUAAUUUGCGUAGCUUAAAGAAUUAUGCACCAAAUUCUGAUGAAAUUGAAUUGGUAAGGGAAUAUGAUGGGGACUUUACGAUGUUGGGCAACGCUGAAAGAUAUUUUAAAGAAAUAAUGGGUAUACCCAGAUUAUCAGAGAGGUUGGAGUGUAUGAUAUAUCGGCGAAGAUUUGAGAUGGAAAUUGAAGAGUUGAAGCCGGAAAUGGAGGUAUUGCACGAAGUUUAUAUUGAGCUUAAAGAAUCAGUCAAGUUCAAGAGAUUACUGAAGAUCCAAGAAACUAAAGCAUCGGAUAACAAUUCCAAGGGAACCGCGACUCUGCUUCAUUAUUUAGCAUUGACGUUAGAAGAUUUACAAAAAGAUUUAUUAUCAUUUAUGGACGAGCUAAAACAUCUUGAGGCCGCCGCGCGAGUAUCCGUGGCUGCUGUAGUGGGCUCUGUCGCAUCGUUAGUAAGCGGAAUGGAAUCAAUAAAGGAAGAAAUAAAAGUAUUGAAAAAUCUCAAGUCGUCUCAGGAAAAUGACAAUUUUUGUGAAGUAAUGGAGGACUUUAUUAAAAAAUUCGAGCCGACCAUUGAAAGCCUAAAAGAAUUUACAGCGAAACUAGAAGAAGAGUUGAAACAACUGUUAAUUUAUUAUGGAGAAGAUCCGACGACGACGAAACCGGAAGACUUCUUUGGAAUGAUUCUUUCUUUCGGCAAAUCAUUGGCUGUAGCGAGGCACGAGAACGAAAAGGCGAGGAAAAGGGCAGAAAAAGAGAGGCAAAAAGAAAAUAGUCUUCAGUCCCGUACGUCAUCACGAAGACCAUCAGAUACAUCAAGUAUAACAUCAGCAUCUUCAAUAUCAGGAAAGUGUGAUUUUGAUGAUACAAUCCGAGAUUUAAGAUCGGGACUCAAGAAAACUCGAUCAAGACCUGUGUCAAAAGUUUUUAUGGACUUACAAGUUGAAGUUGUGGUCCAAAGUAGUGGUCAUGUUAGGGGAGCUAGUAACGCCUCUCAUCAUCGUGGAGCUAGCGGUAUACAACACAUUCGCGUUAAUAGUACACUUUUGCACCCCUCCGUG